AUGAAGGGUGACACAGCGCCGGGACCUGACAAGAUCUCAGUCGAUAUGUUUCGAGCGGCUGGCCACAAACUUCACGUUCCCAGCAACCCCCAUGACGUCCUACCUCCAAAAGGAGAGAAUUCCGGACCAGUGGAGAAAUUCGCGCAUAACUGUAGCUGCCGCUGCAGCUCAACGGUACAGCUUUUCAAAGGACCUCUCACUGUUCCCGUGGGGAAGGGCGUGAGACAAGGGGUACCAUCUCGCCGAAGCUGUUCACCGCAACACUGCACGGAUAGUCGUUACCUCUCAAACCUUCGUUUCAUGAAGGACAUUGUCCUCUUUUCAAGUAGUACCGGAGAGGCAGAGGUGACGAUCGCAGUAUUGAACGAAGCGGGCAAGAAGGCGGGGUUGCGAAUCAACUGA